AUGGAUAUUAAAGCGAUAUAAUAAAAAAAUAUUUACAACAACAAAUUUAAUAAGAGAUAAUUAAAAGAGGCGUAGUUAAUAUUGAGGUCCAUAAAUGCUAAAAAAAUGGUACAAUACAACUCCGAUUUCAUUAUUUAUUUUUAUUUUACUUACAAAUUUUUAAAUGACUAAUUUAACUUCAUCUCUCGUUACCCAGAAGAUGAAUCCGCUAAUACAUAAAUAAAAAUCUCAAAGUAAUUAAAUUAGAGCCUAUUGUAAGGCAAGGUUAGGGUGUAUGACAAAUACAAAGAGCAUAAUACUGAGCCUUUUAAAUAUACAUCAAAAAUUAAGUAAUUAUCUAUUGCUCUAAUCAGCAGUCUUAUCAGAUAUUAGCUUACAUAGAAUUAAUCAUCUACUUAAAUGCAAAAUAUCUAUUUUUAGAAUUAAUUUGAAUUAAAAAAAGAAAAUUAAUUAAUUACCAUUCCUAAAGUUGAAUCUAUUGUAUGA